ACCGAACCGAACUGGACCGCGCGAGUCCGACUGUGAAGCCUUAGUGUUUGUGAAGAUGGAGGUCCGGUUCCUUCCGGUGUUCAUCUUUCUGCUGCUGCAGUCGGUAACGGAAGGAGCUCGAGCUAAAACAGAUGAUCUGUUGGUGAUCACCGCUGCCACUGAUGAAACAGAUGGCUUUAGGAGAUUCAUGAGAACGGCACGAGAAUUCAACUACACUGUGAAGGUGCUGGGUCUGGGUGAAGAAUGGAGAGGAGGUGAUGUUGCUAAAACUGUUGGAGGAGGACAGAAGGUUCGCUGGCUGAAGAAGGAAAUGCAAAAAUAUAAAGAUAAGCAGGACAUGAUCAUCCUCUUCGUGGACAGUUACGAUGUCAUCCUGGCGUCUGGUCCUGACGAGCUGCUGAUGAAGUUUUCUCGCUUUAACCAUCGUGUUGUUUUCUCUGCUGAGGGAUUCUGCUGGCCCGAUCAGCGCCUUGCUUCCAAAUAUCCUACAGUACACACCGGCAAACGCUACCUGAACUCCGGAGGUUUUAUUGGAUAUGCUCCAGAGAUGUACGCUAUAGUUCAGCAGUGGAAACACAAAGAUAACGAUGAUGACCAGCUCUACUACACACGCAUCUACCUGGACAAGGAGCAGAGGACGAAGUUUAACAUAACGUUGGAUCAUAAAUCACGGAUAUUCCAGAAUCUUAAUGGUGCAAUUGAGGAAGUUGUUUUGAAGUUUGAGAAAUCUCGAGUUAGAGCUCGAAAUGUCGCUUACGACACCCUUCCUGUUGUUAUCCAUGGCAACGGCCCAACUAAGCUGCAGUUGAACUAUCUGGGUAAUUACGUGCCAACAGCGUGGACGUAUGAGCAAGGAUGUGGUGUGUGUGAUGACGACCUACUGUACUUCAAUGACGUACCCAAUGAAGAGAUGCCACAGGUUCUCAUUGCUGUGUUUAUCGAACAGCCAACACCAUUUAUUGAGGAAUUUCUGGAGCGACUGACAACAAUAAACUACCCACACACACGCCUGAGAUUGUUCCUGCACAACAAUGUGGUGUAUCAUGAGCAGCAUGUGCAGCGGUUCUGGAAUCGGCAUCGUUCUCUGUUCCCUAAUGCUCGUAUUGUUGGGCCUGAAGAGAACCUAAAACACGACCAGGCCAGAACUAUGGCAGUGGAGGUGUGCAAGAGCGAUCCUGCCUGUGAUUACUAUUUCAGCAUUGACAGUGAUGUGGCUUUGAUCAACCCAGACAUUCUGCGCAUCCUCAUCGAAGAGAACAAGCCUGUUAUUGCCCCGAUGCUGUCUCGUCACGGUAAACUCUGGUCUAAUUUCUGGGGAGCUCUGAGUCCUGAAGGUUUUUAUUCUCGCUCUGAAGAUUACAUCGAUAUCGUACAGGGAAAAAGAGUUGGAGUGUGGAAUGUUCCGUAUAUAACUCAGGUUUAUUUGAUACGUGGUGAAGUUCUCCGUACUCGUCUUUUCCACGUAUCUCUCUACCAGGAGGAUGGUUUGGACCCAGAUAUGGUGUUCUGCAGAGCAGUUCGGGACCAGGGUGUGUUUAUGUUCCUGUCCAAUAGGGAUGAGUUCGGCCGACUGAUCUCAACCAACAACUACAACAUCAGCAGGCUGCAUCCAGACAUGUGGCAGAUAUUUGACAACCCCAUGGAUUGGAGGGAGAAGUAUGUCCAUAAGGAUUACUCUCAGAUCUUUGAGGAUGGCGUGGAUGUGGUGGAACAGCCGUGUCCAGAUGUUUACUGGUUUCCUGCAUUUUCAGACAAAAUGUGUGACGAUCUGGUGGAGACCAUGGAGCACUUCGGCCAGUGGUCCGGGGGCAAACAUAAUGAUGAGCGGUUAACAGGUGGAUAUGAAAAUGUUCCCACUGUCGAUAUUCACAUGAAUCAGAUACAGUUUGAGAAAGAGUGGCUCAAAUUCCUGAUAGAUUACAUCGCUCCUGUAACUGAGAAACUUUACCCAGGAUAUUAUGCAAAGGCUAAAGCUGUGAUGAACUUUGUGGUUCGUUAUCGUCCUGAUGAACAACCUUCACUCCGCCCACAUCACGACUCAUCAACUUUCACCAUCAACAUUGCUCUGAACAGCAAGGGGAAAGACUACGAAGGAGGGGGCUGCAGGUUCCUGCGUUAUGACUGCAGAAUUGAAGCACCAAGAAAAGGCUGGUCUUUAAUGCACCCGGGACGUUUAACACACUACCACGAGGGUCUGCCUACAACCAAGGGCACUCGAUACAUCAUGGUGUCGUUUGUAGACCCCUAACACUGUGUGUGUGUGUGUGUGUGUGUGUGUGUGUGUGUGUGUGUGUGUGUGUGUGUUCACUGUGAUUAAACACUCUAUUAUUAAGUCAGAAGUGUCUGUUCUGGUAUAUUGAGGCUGUGUUUGUGUUUGCCUUGAAAACUCAGUGGCAAUAAUUUUUAUAAAACCUUAUAGUGAGUUCAAAAUUUUUAUUUUAAUGCAACAGUUUUACCUCUGGUGGCCUUUUUGUUUUAUUUUAUAUAAAGCCAAAUAAAGUUUUUAAAUUUUUGAAUAGUUUUUUUUUGUAAAACAUUUUGCUAUCAGCUUUGUAUAAACUGCUUUAAAUUAUUUGAUUAUGUACAUGAUAAAUAAAAGCUGAGUAAAGUGAGUUUUCCAUCUUUAUUUUAACAAAGAGAAACACAUACUUUCCUCGAAAGCAGCUUAGUUGGUGAAGUGAGUGAGUGUUUAGUUUCACUGUUCCCUCUGGCAUGAUGUUAACGCCAUGUCAUUAAUUAAAGGGGUUCUCAUGAGCUCCAGUCUGAGCUUUAUGAUUCUUUGCUCUGAGCAAGAUGUUUAUACACCAAUGCCCAGCUUAAACAUCUGCCAGACUCUGUAAAUAUAAAUGUAAAUGCAGUGUGUGAGGUGUAUUGUGAGAGUGAGGAGUGUAUAGUGAGUGGAUACAGUGUAGUAUAGUGUGUGUAGUGUACAUGUCUAGUGUACAAUUAGAGGUUUUAUUUGUUUAUGGUUGAAGAUCUUUCUGCUCUGUACUUCUGGACUUUGGAGCCAUAAACAGGUGAAUAAUUAAUGUGCUGUGUCAGUCAGCAGAAUUAUCCCUUUGUGUGUGUGUGUGUGUGUGUGUGAUUCCUGAGAGUUGAGCAGGAUGGUCAGUUGGUAUUGAUCAGUGAUCAAGAAUCAGCAGUCACUGUAUGAAUGUGAUGGAAGAAAUAAAGUCUGCUCCUCCUCAGUCUCCACCCACAACUCCAACUCCCAAAGCUCCAGAAUCUCCCAGCCAUACCAUGGGUUUGGGAAGUCCUGAGUUACUGAAGGAGUUGAAGCAGCCACACACUCUGAAACCAGUUCACACACACACUGGAAUCACCACAGUGUUCUGUGGCCGUGGACGAAUUAAUGCUGCACCAGCCAGCCAAUCACAGACUUCACCUCCAUCUGCUUCCACCAAUCAGCAAAUAGCAAAGGGGCACUGUCUGUCCAGUGGCACACAGAAUUAAGAGGCUGUCAUUGUUCUGCCCUGCGUGUCUUCUUGAGUAUAAUUAGUCACAUCACUAAGCGUUACCUUCUGCAGACCUCUAUCAUAAUAACACACCUGUAGUGUGUGUGAUCAUGUUCUCACUGUAGUGAAGUAACAGCUAUGUAAGUGUGUUAUGUACAUUGUUUUCCCUUAGCAAGAUAACGUGUGUGUGUUUGUGUCUAGGGUUGUCACUAAUGUGCAUAGAUGAAUACAUGUUCUGCUGUUAUUGUUCAAAUAAAAUCUCAUAAACUACA